GUUGUGCCUGUGAGUUCUCCACAACACCAGCAACAACAGCAGCAACAACAGCAUCAUCAUCAACCACAACAGCAGCAUCAGCACCAUCAUCAUACUACCCACAGGCAGCGUCAGGAGCCUAACUCACCGUCGGUGGGGCUCUCCCCCUUCGUUCUGUCAGCAUCGAUGACGCAGACCCCCAGUAUGCGUCUGCUGGAGAAUAACAACUUGGUCGAAGUUGCCAUGGCCCAGCAGCAACCGCAACAACAAUCACAACAAUCGAUACAGAAGCAAAAGCAGACAAGUCCUACGAAUAACAAUACUAUAGAAGCCUGGAGAUCGAUUCAGGGUGGGCAUCAGUGGUGGAGUCCGCCCAGUAGUGUUCACCAAGAACAACAGCAGCAACAGCAAGUAUCUUCGAUCGCACAGGUCUCUCAACCGCAAAGUUUGGUGGCCGCAUCAGUAUGUAGCCAGGUGCAGAGGCAUCAACCGCAAGUGCAAUCGGAGAUUGAUCAGCCACUUGACUUUUCUGUUGGCUCUCUCCAACAGCAGAGGCUGCAUUCGCGCGUAAGGACUAUACACGAAAGACUUCAAAGUAAAAUGCAUGACAACAACAACGGCACGGCGAGCGGGCAAAAGAUUAUCAGGGGAGAUGUUAGUAGGCGAAGUUAUAGCCCCAGUGAAGCGAGUACUAGCAGCAGCGAAGACGAGGGUGUCUCUACUGGCGGCAGUCCUCCUCUUCGAGGCGCCUCGGAUUCGUGCGAACCCGUUGCGGAGCGAACUUACGGUAAAGUCUGGAUAGACAAUGAUGUCACGUGGAGAACGGACCAGUCUUUCAAGAGGACAUCACCCUUAAAUCCCUGUGCCACAACAACUACCACGACGACGACAAGUGGUGGGCCACUGACACAUCCCCACCUGUCACCACCCGUAGCUGCCCCCGUUACCACUCCCGAUCAUAGAAGCCCCAGUAGCAUGCAUGUGAAGCUUGGCGUCUCACCCGGUAGCGACGCACUCGGCCGAAUCGAUAAAGAGCCAGACUCGCCGGAAUCCAUACAAGAUGCAGACUUACAAGGCGAUGUCGAUGGUCCUGAACUCAGCGGAGAUGACAGGAGUAUCGCAAGUGACAUUCAAGAUGCCACUGAAGCGCAUCUUGAUAAUGAUUCCAUGGAUUCGGACAGGGAAGCUCUCAAUCUGGUCACGGAUGUCUCGCAACGCAAUAGCAGUAGCGGUACCAGCGGCAGCGCGUCCUCACCGAGUUCCGGAAUCAGCAGCCAGCUUACGGGCAAUCAUCAGCAGCAACACACGUCUGGUCAACAAAACAAUAACAAUUCACAAGCUGCGCUGGCGACUCAAUUGCUCAGCCAGCAAUUGCUGAUGCACGGAUUGGGAAGCCAAGAGAUCCAAGCGAUUGCCUCGACGCUACAGCAACAUCAAUUACAAUCACUGCAACAGCAAAUACAGCAAUUCGCUAUGUUUCAAGCCAAUCCAGCAGCGGCGGGGCAGAUUCCGCCAUUUUUCCUACAGAAUCAGGGGCUGUUGCAGAGCGGUGGCUAUCCAACAAGACCGAGUCAUCCGCGCUCACAGUCCAUGCAGGUGCAAGCGGCGGCAGCGCAAUUGUUACAGAAGCAACAAGCUCUUCAGGGUAGCGGUAGCUUAGUUGGGCGAAGUUUGACACAAAGAUCAUCGCCACCACCUAGCACACCGCCAGCAGUAAAACCGACAAGAUUAGAACCUUCGCCGGAGGAAACGACGGAUCUUGAAGAGCUAGAGCAGUUCGCCAAAACGUUCAAACAAAGACGGAUCAAGCUUGGUUUUACUCAGGGAGACGUCGGACUCGCCAUGGGCAAACUCUACGGCAAUGAUUUUUCUCAAACUACAAUCUCCAGGUUUGAGGCAUUGAAUCUGUCUUUCAAAAAUAUGUGCAAACUGAAACCAUUAUUACAAAAGUGGCUAGAGGAUGCCGAUAACUCAUUGAACAAUCCUAACUCUCUGUCGAAUCCACUUACGACACCGGAAGCAAUUGGCAGGCGACGGAAGAAGAGAACGUCGAUAGAGACUAGUGUAAGAGUGGCUCUCGAAAAGUCUUUUAUCCAAAAUCCAAAGCCUACGUCCGAGGAGAUAACCGUACUGGCAGAUAGUCUCGCAAUGGAGAAAGAAGUGGUUCGUGUGUGGUUUUGUAACAGGAGGCAAAAGGAAAAAAGAAUCAAUCCGCCAACGGCUGCGAUGGGCAGCCCAACGAUGGCAUCACCUGCACCUUCGGUGUUUGCCUCUCUCGCCAAUUCCAUGUCUGGCAGUCCUCUAGCACUUACGACGCAUUCCUCCAACGCAGGCCACUCGCAUCCUCAUCCAGCACCCUUGACCUCACCCUUGCCUCUUGCUUUGGUAGCUUCGUCAGGCGGCAAUUACCAUCCGCUAAAUAAUAAAUCCCAUGAGUGACAUCAACAAGCGACCCAUCAUGGGGAUACUUCUUAUCAUCAGCAUCAUCAACAAUCACAUCAACAGCAACA